AUGUUAUUUAAAUCUUUAAGUCCUUUAGUUUUAUUAGCUUUAGCCAAAGCUGAUGAGGAUACCACUAUCCUUUCAACUAUCACCAUCACCAAGACUUUAUUAACACCUGAACAAAGUACUUCAUUAAGUGAAGCUUCAGUAGCUUCAGUUUCAAGUGUUUCAGCUGCUUCAGCUGCUUCUGUUGCCUCAGUCUCAAGUGCUUCAGCUGCUUCUGUUUCCAGUUCCUCAGCUGCUUCAGCUUCAGCUGUUGCUUAUGCUGCUUACGAAGCUUCAAUCAGUGAAGCUGCUGCUGCUUCAGCUUCAGCCGCAGCCGCCGCUUCAGAAUCUGCUGCUUAUGCUGCCUCAAUUUCUUCUGUUUCAGCUGCUUCAGUAGCUUCAGCUUUAUCAGCUUCCUCAGCUGCUAUCACUUCAGCUAUUCCAUCAUUAGAUGGCUUCAAAGGAGUUGUUGCUGUUGCUUCAGAUUUCAAUUCUUCAUCAAUUGCUAACACCACCACUCAUCACAAUUCAACCCACACUGCUCACAACUCCACCAGUUUGAUGACCAGCCACCAUCUUACUUCUUCUUCAGUUGAUGCUGUUUCAACUGCUGAAGGUGAUGAAGAUGAAGAUGAAGACCAUUCUUCAGGUAAUUCAGGUAAUAUUAAUAACGUUGCUUAUGGUGUACUUGGUUUAGCUGCUAUUGCUUUAUUAUAA